AUGGCCCUGGUCCUGUGGGUCGCUAGCCUGUUAGGCUCGGCCUGCUCCGUGUCCGCCAACAUCUUCGAAUACCAGGUGGAUGCCCAGCCGCUCCGUCCCUGUGAGCUGCAGAGGGAAGCAGCCUUUCUGAAGCGGGCUGACCAUGUCCCCCAGUGCUCGGAAGAUGGUGGUUUCCAGACCGUCCAGUGCCGGAACGACGGCCGUACCUGCUGGUGUGUGGAUGCCGACGGCAGGGAAGUGCCAGGCAGCAGGCAGCAGGGGAGGCCUGAGGCUUGUCUGUCCUUCUGCCAGCUUCACAAGCAGCAGAUCUUACUGAGCGGCUAUAUCAACAGCACGGCCACCACCUACCUCCCUCAGUGUCGCGAUUCAGGGGACUACUCACCUGUGCAGUGUGACCUGCAGCAGGGGCAGUGCUGGUGUGUGGACGCAGAGGGCAUGGAGGUGUACGGCACCCGCCAGCUGGGGAGGCCAACGCGAUGUCCAAGGAGCUGUGAGAUAAGGAACCGACGUCUUCUCCAUGGGGUGGGAGACAAGUCGCCACCCCAGUGUUCUGCAGAUGGAGAGUUCACGCCCGUCCAGUGCAAAUUUGUCAACACCACGGACAUGAUGAUUUUCGAUUUGGUCCAUAGCUACAACAGGUUUCCAGAUGCAUUCGUGACCUUCAGUUCCUUCCGGAGCAGGUUCCCUGAGGUGUCUGGGUACUGUUACUGUGCUGACAGCCAAGGGCGGGAACUGGCGGAGACAGGUUUGGAGCUGUUACUGGAUGAAAUUUAUGAUACCAUCUUUGCUGGCCUGGACCUACCUUCCACCUUCGCUGAAACCACCCUGUACCGGAUACUGCAGAGACGGUUCCUGGCCAUUCAGUCAGUCAUCUCCGGCAGAUUCCGGUGCCCCACAAAGUGUGAAGUGGAGCAAUUUGCAGCGACCAGCUUUGGCCACCCCUAUAUUCCAAGCUGCAGCCGCAAUGGAAAUUACCGGGUGGUGCAGUGCCAGACAGAAGGGCCAUGUUGGUGUGUGGACGCCCAGGGGAAGGAGAUCCCAGGGACCCGGCGGCGAGGGGAGCCGCCAUCUUGCGCUGAAGACCAGUCUUGUGCCUCAGAAAGGCGGCAGGCCUUGACCAGGCUCUACUUUGGGACCUCAGGCUACCUCAGCCAGCAUGACUUGUUCUCCGGUCCUGGGGAAAGGCGGGUCCCUCAGAGAGGAACCAGGUCAGCCACAUCCUGCCCACCCAUGAUCAAGGAGCUCUUGGUUGACUCGGGGCUUCUCCGCCCAAUGGUGCAGGGGCAGGAUCCACAGUUCUCUGCAUCAGAGAGUCUACUCAAAGAAGCCAUCAGGGCUAUUUUUCCCUCCCGAGAGCUGGCUCGUCUUGCCCUUCAGUUUACCACAAACCCAAAGCGACUCCAGCAAACUUUUGGAGGAAAAUUUUUGGUAAAUGUUGGCCAGUUUAACUUGUCUGGAGCCCUUGGCAUAAGGGGCACAUUUAACUUCAGUCAAUUUUUCCAGCAACUUGGUCUCUCAGGCUUCCAGAAUGGAGGGGGACCGAUAGACCUAGCCAAGACACUCUCUGUGGGAUUGGAUUCAAAUUCUGCCACAGAAACCCUCGGUGCUUCUAAGGACUCUGCUAUGAAUAAGUCAAUUGUGGGCAGCUUUGGCUUUAAAGUUAACUUGCAAGAGAACCAAAAGGCCUUAAAAUUCCUUGCUUCUCUCCUGGAGCUUCCAGAACUCAUUGUCUUCCUGCAGCAUGCUAUUUCUGUACCAGAAGAUGUAGCCAGGGACCUCGGUGAUGUGAUGGAAAUGGCGCUCAGCUCCCAGGCCUGUGAGCAGACUCCUGGCAGGCUUUUUGUCCCCUCGUGCACAACUGAAGGAAGCUACGCAGAUGUCCAGUGCUUUGCUGGAGAGUGCUGGUGGGCGGAUGCCCAGGGCAAAGAACUUCCUGGCUCCAGAGUCAGAGGUGGACGACCCCGGUGCCCCACAGAGUGUGAGAAGCAACGGGCUCGCAGGCAGAGCCUCAUGGGCAGCCAGCCUGCUGGGUCCAGCUUGUUUGUCCCUUCUUGUACUAGUGAGGGACAUUUCCUGCCCGUCCAAUGCUUCAAUUCUGAGUGCUACUGCGUGGAUGCCGAGGGUCAGAUUAUUCCUGGGACUCGGAGUGUAAUUGGCGAACCCAAGCAAUGUCCCACCCCCUGUCAGUUGCAGGCUGAGCAAGCUUUCCUUGGGACCAUGCGGGCUCUGCUGGCCAACUCCAGCUCGCCACCCACCCUCUCCAGCAUCUACAUUCCACAGUGCAGUGUCGGGGGACAGUGGAGACCAGUGCAGUGUGAUGGGCCCCCUGAGCAGGCCUUUGAGUGGUACGAGCGAUGGAAGGCCCAGAACAAGGAUGGCCAAGUGCUGACCCCGGCUGCGCUACUAAUGAAGGUUAUGAGCUAUAGAGAAGCAGCUUCUGGAAACUUCCGUCUCUUCGUUCAAAACUUGUAUGAGGCUGGCCAACAAGGCAUCUUUCCGGUGUUGGCUCAGUAUUCUUCCCUCCAGGAUGUGCCCCUGGCAUCGCUGGAAGGGAAUUCGACUUGGCGGGAGAACAUCCUCCUGGAUCCCUACCUCUUUUGGCAGAUCCUAAAUGGCCAGCUUGGCCGAUACCCAGGGCCCUACUCAGACUUUAGCACACCUUUGACACACUUUGACCUUCGGAGCUGCUGGUGUGUGGAUGAGGCUGGCCUGGAGCUGGAAGGAACUCGCAAGCCAAGCAAGGUCCCAACAUGUCCUGGCUCCUGUGAGGUGGCGCGGCGCCGAGUCCUGCAGUUUGUUAAGGAAGCCGAAGAGAUUGUCUCGGCCUCCAACAGUUCCCGCUUCCCUCUGGGAGAUUUCCUGGUGGCUAAGGGAAUCCGGCUGACCAGCGAGGAGCUGGGCCUGCCUCCACUCCUCCCUUCCCGGGAGGCUUUCUUCGAGAAGUUUCUGCGUGGGAGCGAGGAUGCCCUCCGUCUGGCGGCUCAGUCUACCUUGAGCUUCUACCGGAGACGCGGGCUCUUCCCUGGAGGGCCCGGUGGAGCAGCUGGUUCCCUGCGAUACGGACCCUACGUGCCACAGUGCGAUGCGUUUGGAAACGGGGAGCCCGUGCAGUGCCAUGCUGGGACGGGGCACUGCUGGUGCGUGGACGGGAAGGGGGGACACACUCCUGCCUCACUGACCGCACGCUCUCCAGACCUCCCCAAGUGUCCCACAACCUGCGAGAUGUCUCUAGCCAAUGGGCUGCUUUCCGGUUGGAAACAGGCUGUAUCCCAAGAAAACCCAUCUCCAGAAGAUCUGUUCACCCCCAUCUGCCUAGAGACAGGAGAGUAUGCCCGGCUGCAGGCGACGGAGGCGCGCGCCUGGUGUGUGCACCCGGCUUCGGGAGCAGGGGUCUUGCCCGCAGUAGCAGCGGUGGCCAGUGUGAGUAGUUGCCCAGGCCUCUGUGAGGGCCUCAGGAGCGGAGCCCUCUCCAGGCCUCGGCCCAGCUACCUCCCAGCCUGCAGGGCACCGGACGGGGGCUUUUCCCCAGUGCAAUGUGACCCGACUCAGGGCAGCUGCUGGUGUGUCCUGGACAGUGGAGAGGAAUUGCCUGGGACCCGGGUGGCGGGCAGCCAGCCUGCCUGUGAAAGCCCGCAGUGCCCACUGCCGUUCUCUGGGCAGGACCUGGCUGGCGGUGUGAUCCUCUGUGAGAGAGCUUCGGGCCCAGGGGGCGCUGCUGAGCAGCAGUGCCGGGUGCUGUGCCGCCAGGGCUACCGCAGCGCCUUCCCAGGGCCACUGGUGUGCAGCCUGGACGGCCGACGCUGGCUCACACAGCCGCCACAGCCCAGGGCCUGCCAGCGGCCUCAGCUGUGGCAGACCGUGCAGACCCAAGCACGCUUCCAGCUCCAGCUCCCGCAGGGGAAGAUGUGCAGCGCUGACUACGCGGGCUUGCUGCGGGCCUUCCAGGUCUUCAUACUGGACGAGCUGAGGGCCCGCGUCCUCUGCCAGAUCCAGGUGAGGACAUACAGGACCUUGCUCUCCAGCCCUGCCUGCGUGGACUCCUCAGUGCAGGUGGACUGUCUGUCUGCAGAUCGUCUAGGAGUGAAUGUCACCUGGAAAUCUCGGCUUGAGGACAUCCCAGUGGCCUCUCUUCCUGAUUACACAACAUUGGUAUAGGCCUUAGUGGGCAAAGAUCUCCUUGGGCGCUUCGCAGAUCUGAUCCGCAGCGGCAUGUUCCAGCUUCAUCUGGACUCCAAGGUGUUCCCAGCAGACCCCUCCAUCCGCUUCCUCCAGGGGGACAACUUGGGCACCUCUCCCAGGACAUGGUUUGGGUGCUUGGAAGGAUUCUCCCGAGUCUCGGCCACCAGCAAGGCCCGUGAGGAUCCGCUGGGGUGUGUGAAGUGUCCUGAAGGAAGCUAUUCUCGGGACGAGCAGUGCAUUCCGUGUCCUGUUGGCUUCUACCAAGAAAGGGCGGGCAGCUCAGCCUGUGUCCCUUGUCCUGUGGGCAGAACGACCAUGGCCCCUGGAGCCUUCAGCCAGACGCACUGCGUCACCGACUGUCAGAGGAAUGAGGCGGACCUGCAGUGUGACCAGGAUGGCCAGUACCGAGCCAGCCAGAAGGACAGGGGCAGCGGGAAGGCCUUCUGCGUGGACAGCGAGGGCCAGAGGCUGCCGUGGUCAGAGACAGAGGCCCCACUGUCGGACUCCCAGUGUCUGGUGAUGCAGAAAUUUGAGAAGGCUCCAGAAUCGAAGGUGAUCUUUAAUACCAAUGCUCCUGUGAUGGUCGGGUCUACCGUUUCCGGUUCUGACACUCCACUAAUGCAGUGCUUGGCAGACUGUGCAGAGGACCAGGCCUGCAGCUUCCUGGCCGUGCUCGCGACGGGGUCAGAGGUCUCCUGUGAUUUCUAUGGUUGGACAAGUGACAACUUUGCCUGCACGACUUCUGGUCAGGAGCAGGUUGCUUUGGGGAGCUCAAAGGAAGCCAGCUUUGGAAGCCUUAGGUGCCAGGUGAAAGUGAGGAGCGGCAACGAUCAAGAUUCUCUGGCUGUGUAUCUGAAGAAAGGCCAGGAGUCUACCACAGUGGGUCAGAAGAGCUUUGAGCCAACCGGUUUCCGGAACGCGCUCUCCGGAUUGUACAGCCCCGUGGUGUUCUCAGCCUCGGGAGCCAACCUCACCGAUGCGCACCUCUUCUGUCUUCUUGCCUGUGACCAAGAUUCCUGCUGCGAUGGCUUUGUCCUCUCGCAGGUUAAAGGAGGGCCCAUCUUCUGUGGGUUGCUGACCUCCCCUGAUGUCCUGCUCUGCAACAUGGAUGACUGGGCAACCUCGUCUGAAGCUCAGGCCAAUGCUUCGUGUCCUGGUGUGACGUAUGACCAGGGAAGCCGCCAGGUGACAUUUCGUCUUGGAGGCCAGGAGUUCGUGGAGAGUCUGGCUCCCCUGGAAAGAACUCAAGACACCGUUGCUACCAGUUUCCAGCAGGUUUACCUCUGGAAAGGUUCUGACAUGGGGUCUCGGCCAGAGUCCGUGGGAUGUAGAAGAAACGUGGAACCAGGGUCAGGAUUUCCACUGGCAACAGAUUCGACAGCAGAACUUUUCUCCCCUGUGGACCUUUCCCAGGUCACCGUCAACGCAAGCCGGUUCCUGCCCAGCCGGCAGUAUUGGCUUUUCAAACACCUGUUUUCGGCGCAGCAGGCAGAACUGUGGUGCCUUUCUCGCUGUGUCCAGGAGCCUGCCUUCUGUCAGCUGGCAGCUGUAACAGACGGUGCGCCCUUGUACUCCACCUGCUCGCUCUACCCAGAGGCCCAAGCAUGCGAUGACGUCCUGGAGUCCAGCUCCAGGGGCUGCAGCCUGACCCUGCCCCACCAGCCAAGGGCCCUGUUCCGGAAGAAAGUGGUCCUGGGUGAAAGAGUGAAGAACUUUUACAUUCGCCUGCCGUUCCAAAAGCUGACAGGGAUCUCCAUUAGGAACAAAGUGCCUAUGUCUGCAAAACCCAUUUCUGACGGGUUCUUUGAAUGCGAGCGCCGGUGUGACGCGGACCCAUGCUGCACUGGCUUUGGAUUUCUAAAUGUUUCCCAGUUGAAAGGAGGAGAGGUGGCAUGCCUAACCCUGAGCAGCAUGGGACUUCAGACAUGCAAUGAGGAAAACGGAGGAACCUGGCGCAUCUGGGACUGUGACUCUCCCGACACAGAGACCCACACCUAUCCCUUUGGGUGGUACCAGAAGCCCACUACUCAGAGGGAUGCCCCCAGCUUCUGUCCUCCCGUUGUCCUGCCUCCCCUCACAGGAGAAGUCGCUCUGGACUCGUGGCAGUCCCUGGCCCUCUCUUCGGUGGCUGUGGACCCUUCCAUCAGGGACUUUGACGUGGCCCACGUCAGCACUGCUGCCACCAGCGACUUUGCGGCCGCCCGAGACUUCUGCUUGUUGGAAUGUUCCCGCCACCAGGCCUGCCUGGUCACCACAGUGCAGGCCCGCGACGGGGGCGUGAGGUGCGUGUUCUACGCCGACACCCACAGCUGCACGCACAGCCUGCAGGGCCAGAGCUGCCGCCUCCUGCUCCGCGAAGAGGCCACCCACAUCUACCGGAAGCCAGGUGUCCCUCUGCUGCGCUACGAGGAAGCGUCUGUGCCCUCUGUGUCCCUUGCCACCCAUGGCCAGCUGCUGGGCAGGUCUCAGGUCUUUCAAGUGGGCUCUGCUUGGAAGCAAGUGAACCAGUUCCUUGGAGUCCCAUACGCCACACCACCCCUGGCAGAGAGUCGCUUCCGGGCACCAGAGCCCUCAAAUUGGACAGGCUCCUGGGAUGCCACCAAACCGAGGGCCAGCUGCUGGCAGCCGGGCACCCCGACACCCACGCCUCCUGGAGUCAGUGAAGACUGCUUGUAUCUCAAUGUGUUUGUCCCCGAGAACAUGGCCCCCAACGCAUCAGUGCUGGUGUUCUUCCACAACACCGCAGAAGGGCGGUUGGCGAUCGAUGGCUCAGUCCUGGCUGCUAUUGGAAACCUCGUCGUGGUCACUGCCAACUACCGAGUGGGUGUCUUCGGCUUCCUGAGUUCUGGGUCCAGUGAGGCAACUGGCAACUGGGGGCUGCUAGACCAGGUGGCAGCGCUGACUUGGGUGCAGACCCACAUUGGUGUAUUUGGUGGGGACCCUCGGCGUGUGUCCCUGGCAGCAGAUCGUGGCGGGGCUGACGUGGCCAGCAUCCACCUUCUCGUGACCAGGACCACUGGCCUCAGGCUCUUCCGGAGGGCUCUGCUGAUGGGAGGCUCCGCACUCUCCCCUGUGGCUGUCAUCAGCCCGGACAGGGCUCGGCAGCAGGCAGUGGCCUUGGCCAAAGAGGUCAGCUGCCCCACCUCAUCUAGCCAAGAACUGGUGUCCUGCCUCCGCCAGGAGCCCGCCAGGGUCCUCAGUGACGCCCAGACCAAGCUUCUGGCUGUGAGCGGCCCUUUCCACUAUUGGGGUCCUGUGGUCGAUGGCCAGUACCUCCGCGAAGCUCCGGCCAGAGCGCUGCAGAGGCCUCCGGGGACGAAGGUGGAUCUGCUGAUCGGGAGUUCUCAGGACGACGGGCUCAUCAACAGAGCCAAGGCCGUGAAGCAAUUUGAGGAAAGUCAAGGCCGGGCCAACAGCAAAACAGCCUUUUACCAGGCGCUGCAGAAUUCUCUGGGUGGCGAGGCCUCGGAUGCCCGCGUGCUGGCUGCCGCCACCUGGUACUACUCCCUGGAGCACUCCACAGACGACUACGCCUCCUUCUCCCGGGCGCUGGAGAACGCCACCCGGGACUACUUCAUCACCUGCCCCACGAUUGACAUGGCCAGACUCUGGGCAAGGCAGGCCCGAGGAAACGUCUUCAUGUACCAUGCCCCCCAAAGCUACGGCGGUGGCAGCCUGGAGUUGCUGGUGGACCUGCAGCAUGCCUUUGGCCUUCCCUUCUACCCAGGCCUCCAGGGGCAGUUUUCCCUGGAGGAGAGAAGUCUGUCACUGAGGAUCAUGCAGUACGUUUCCAACUUCAUCAGAUCCGGAAACCCCAAUUACCCACACGAGUUCUCACGGAGAGCACCUGAGUUUGCAGCCCCCUGGCCUGACUUUGUGCCCGGAGCUGGAGGAGAGAGCUACAAGGAGUUCAGCGCUCUGCUCCCCAAUCGUCAGGGCCUGAAACAGACUGACUGCUCCUUCUGGUCCAAGUACAUCCGCACCCUGAAGGCCUCUGCAGAUGGAGCCAGGGAUGAGCAGCUGACAGGGAGUAAAGAGGAGCUGACAGCUGGGUCUGAGCAGAAAGAAGACCUCCUGGGUCCCCCAGAGCCAGGCCCUAAGAGCUACAGCAAGUGACCAGCCCCCGAGACACCCAC